GGCCUGCACCUGCAACCGUGGCGCAUGCAAACUGAAAUUUACCAGUCAUCUAAUCGUCACAGCUCACAGCUACUUUAUCAUAGUACUACAUGCUGUGUGCAGCUCUCGUGAGAGAUCCUGCCUCCGCACAGCUUAGCGCAGCGUCAUAGCAAGUUGACGUGUUUUCGUGCUCACUUCAGCCGCUAGGGCUGUUAUUCCGGGAGUGGCAGGAAUUUUGGGAAUAGUUGGCAAUAUGGUCAGCCAGACCGAAGUUAUUGAUGCUGUCAACGCUGCUGCUACCUCUUUCGGCAUGGACGGCACGGAGUUAGAGCAGCUCCUGGGCUACGUGGCCUCAAUGCCGGCGGAUGAGUACCGCGACUUCACUAGUCCAGUGGCCGGUGUCCAGGACCCCAAGGCAAUCUUGGAGCUCGUGCGGAGUCGAUUUAAGGCUCAAGGCGUGGCGUAUGGCUCUCAGCACAGUGUGAGCAUCACAGCGGUGCCGGCUGCCGGAGCUCCCGCGCCCACUGCGCAGCCGUACGUCGACAUGGCGAUGCUGAAGGACUUGCUGGCAGAGCAGGCGCGGUCGCUGAAGGACGCGCUGGUGGAGGAGGCGCGGUUGCAGAAGGACGCGCUAGCGGAGCAGGCGCGGUUGCAGAACGACGCGCUGGCACGGUGGCUGGCGGAGCAUGCGCGGUUGCAGAAGGACGCGCUUGCGGAGCAGGCGCGGUUGCAGAACGACGCGCUUGCGGAGCAGUCGCGGUUGCGGAGCGACGCGCUGGCGCGGUCGCUGGCGGAGCAGGCGCGGUCGCAGAAGGACGCGCUUGCGGAGCAGGCGCGGUUGCAGAACGACGCGCUGGCGCGGUCGCUGGCGGAGCAGGCGCGGUCGCUGAACGACGCGCUGGCGGAGCAGGCGCGGUUGCACAACGAUGCGCUGGCGCGGUCGCUGGCGGAGCAGGCGCGGUCGCUGAAGGACACGCUGGCGGAGCAAAAGCGGUCGCUGACGGCCAACGUGCAGGAAGGUCUGGUUGACAACGCGCCGCGGCGUCACCACCCUAACUGGGCUGCUCCCCGACGGCAGUGGGCUAUGAGCAAGGCGGCAGUGCCCAAGGAGAAGAAGGUGUUGUGACCGUGUGGGAUAUUAGUGCUCAUAGCCGUCGGAGCGGCACCUGUGGCGCUGUCCGCGGUACUGCUGCUCGGCCAACAGUACUGCCGCGUGACAGUCGUGGCGGCUAUGCGCAUGCGGGCAGCGGCGUGAGCUAGCCUGUCGGCGCGUUGGGCUGGUGCCGCAUGCAUCGGCUUCCUGGAGGGCGUGGGUCAUCGCGGGUAUCAGGCCUGUGCAGUUUGCAGUGCGGGCGCCGCUGUGGCUCUUGGUGUGGGUCCCGACCUGUGUGCGCAGAGUGUCCGGGCUCGAUGGGUACUGGCCAGGUACGGUAGUGGUGCGUGGCUCUGUGCAUCUUCGUUGUGCAGGUGUUGCAGGCGGUCUGGCAUGGUGCGCUGCCGCCAGCGGGUGUGAGCGCUGAUUUGCUAUGGCUGGUGGGCGACAUCAGGUCCGUAGCGGGCAUGGCGCUCUUCUCCUGGAAGUCCCUGCUGGUCGCCCAGGAGCGCGGGGCUUGGAUAUUGGUGACUUGGCUCUGGUGCGGAAGGGUGGGCCGCGGUUGUUGUUGAAUGUCUGCAGUAACGACGACGGUGGCCCUGAGGCUGGAGGAAGUGGCUGUUAGGCCAUCAGCGUGAUUGCGUGUGGUCGCGUCGCAUUGGCACGACUUCCUGAUCUUAUUUUGUGACUUGAUCAACAGCUGUACAAGCAGGGCUGGAACAACACGCCUUUGCCUGGGCAGUACCAUUACUUGUGAAGUGUACCUGCCGAUGUCAGCCAGGCAUCGUUGUAUCAUGUGCAAACAAGUAGGUGUGGCAGCCAGUCAGACAUCUUUCAUUCUUUAUAUUGCAGCCGACCAAGAAUGGCAUAUAUACAGGCGAUGCAUUACUUGUAUGUGUGUGUGCGUGUGUGUGUGUGUGGAUGGAUGCGGUUUCGAGAUGGUGUGUACGUUUCAGCGUGCAAUCCUAUGCUUGAAAGUACCAACCGCUUAAUGUUACACCAGGACGGGUGACCGAACACGGCGCAGGUUAGUGCCCAUGCCGCUUUCGGGAUUCGAGUAGCAGCCUACGGGAAGAGCGUACAUCAUGCGCUCCGGUAUUUUGAAGUCAGUGUCUGUUGCUAACUUGGCAUGUAUUUGCUUUGUGGAUGCGUAAAGUGAGUCUGCGGAUUGUCUGUCUCGCGGUGCUUGUUGGAUGCAUGUAUGCGGAUGGGCGAUUCCCCCAAUGGGCGUCAGUCUUUGCACGCCCGGCAGUUUAUGAGGGCUGCGCUCUCAUGUUGUACUAUAUAAGCGGUUUCACAGUUAGGAACCCCAUUGCAGAGGUAGGUCCGAGCUACGCCUGCCAGUAGAGAUCAUUCGAGUGUAAACGCCCUGAGGA